UAAAACGAAACAUAUAUACGUAUAAUUGGUUACAUUUGCACUGCCCUAUCUUAUGUGUCGUCAAGAAUAUUCAAUUGUCAGAUAUCCUAAAUGGUUACCUAAAUUUGACGUUAAAGUUGGACAUACUUGGAAAUUAGGCUGUUGUGUAAUAGUAGAAGUUGAAUCCCUUGAUAUGCAAAUAUCAGUAAAGGUAUAUGAGGUUAUGAAAAUACGAUUAUACGGCUUCAGAAAUCCAACGGUAUAAUUACAAAUUUACUUGUAUCUGAUAUUUUGUGAUUUAUGUUAUUCGGAAAUAAAGUCGAUUGUUUCAUACAAGCAAUUCAAAGUGGACACCCCCAUGGAGAGGGGGGGGGGGGGGGCAGCCUGUUCCUCUUGUUACAAAGUGAUAAUAUUGGCCGGGUGCCAAAACAUAAACCUAGAGGGAUGACCAAUGAGCUCUUUCAGCACCUCCCCAAAAACUGUGAUUACAAAUCUUCAGUGUUUACACAUGACGCAAAAGGAUAAAAGCUGCAGAAUCGGAGGCUCGUUUUAACAGACAGGUACAAGAUGGAAACGGAUAGCUUACUGGAGGUGUUUAGACUGAGCGAAGGGACGGCUGCAUUCCAGUAGGCUGUAGUGACCUGGAUAAAUAAUAUUGCAUGCACAGAUCAUAUUACUAUUACCGGCACUCUCCAGCGAUCAGAUAAAUAUUUAUAUAUAUAUUACGUGAAAGGUUUGUUGUAUAAUUGCAUAGUCUCUGACGCAAAAUGUUCAUUUUUAUUAGGAAGCUUGUCAUCUUGGACGCCCUUUUAUGGGUCAAAGUGAUCCUUUCGUUAGAAAGUGACAUUUGUUAUCCAAUUCGACUGGACCGCCAGUAUUCUGCAAACCAUAUUUUCUUUAGCCAAGCGAAGGAAGCAAGUGAGGAGCCGGUUGCUAUUAAAUUAACCGCGUUCAACCAAGAUUUUAAUCUUCAUCUGUUACCAGACAGCAGUUUCAUUGCAUCUACCCUGUCCUUAUACAGCGACACUUCCGCAUCCAAAGCCGCUGUAAAUCCUGAUUUUAGUCGCUGCUUUUACUCGGGUGAUGUCAAUUCCGAGCCGGACUCGUACGCGGCUGUGAGUUUGUGCAAAGGCGUGCAGGGCGCUUUCGGAUUCCAGGGGUUUGAAUAUUUCAUCAGGCCAGUGCAGAAUGACACCGAUCUACUAUCUGGAAGCCCAGGAAGGGCGCAUACGAUACGCCGGCGGGAAAAAUCUCAUCAAAGCAGCAACUUUACCACCAGAUGUCCAGUGGACACUCCUAUAAGCAAAGAUGUCUUCAAGUUUUUGGGGAAAUAUAAAAUGGCAAAAGAACAUCAAGCCGGGAACUUGACGAAAGGUGUUUUUAAAAAUCUGAGCAGAUCGAAACGAUUUGCCUCCAUACCCAGAUAUGUUGAGACCCUAGUCGUUGUGGACGAGUCCAUGGCUGAAUUCCACGGUGACAAUCUCAAACAUUACGUCCUGACUCUGAUGUCCGUGGCCGCCCAGCUGUACAAACACCCCAGCAUCCUCAACGCCAUCAACAUCGUGAUCGUCAAGUUUAUAGUCAUUAAUGAAGCCGACAAAGGACCCAAAGUUACAACUAACGCCGCUCUGACGUUGCGCAAUUUCUGCACGUGGCAGAAAAAGUUGAAUAAAAACAAUGAUAAGCAUCACGAAUACUGGGACACUGCCAUCUUAUUCACCAGACAGAACCUGUGUGGUGCCACCACGUGCGACACGCUGGGAAUGGCGGACGUGGGCACCAUGUGCGACCCCAGAAGGAGCUGCUCCAUCAUCGAGGACGAUGGACUGCCUUCGGCCUUCACCACAGCACACGAGCUGGGCCAUGUCUUCAACAUGCCCCAUGACAACGCAAAGGCCUGCGAGGAGAACUUCGGCCAGCUGAAGGAGAACCACAUGAUGUCUCCCACACUCAUCAAGAUUGACCGCAACAAGCCAUGGUCCACCUGCAGCGCCACCAUCAUUACUAACUUCCUGGACAGUGGCCAUGAUCUGUUCAACUGGGUACUCAGGCAAAUUACUCAGCGUCUGGCAGCAGGCGACUGCCUGCUGGAUGUGCCGAUGAAGCCAUUGGCUCUGCCUGAUAGCCGGCCCGGCUCCAGCUACAGCCUCAGCCGGCAGUGUGAGCUGGCCUUCGGCGCUGGCUCCCAGCCCUGCCCGUACACGCAGCACUGCGCUCGGCUCUGGUGCACUGGCCGCACCGGAGACCAGCUUGUCUGCCAGACGCGUCACUUCCCCUGGGCUGACGGCACAUCCUGCGGCGACGGUGGUGUCUGUCUGCGGGGGGGGUGUGCUGAUGAGCGGGAGGCUUUCAGGGCCCCGGUGGAUGGAAAAUGGGGCAAGUGGGGGGUGUACGGCGUGUGUUCCCGUACGUGCGGCGGGGGGGUCCAGUUGGCCAGUAGGAACUGCGACAAUCCUAUUCCCGCCAAUGGGGGCAAGUAUUGCCAGGGAACCCGAGUGAAAUAUCAGUUGUGCAACCUGGAGCCCUGUCCGGAGACAGGCAGGAGCUUCCGGGAAGAGCAGUGUGAGGCCUUCAACAGUAUUAACCUCAACACCAACCGGCUGGCUCCCUCAGUGGUGUGGGUCCCCAAGUACUCGGGGGUCUCCCCCAAGGACAAGUGCAAGCUUAUCUGCAGAGCCAAUGGGACAGGCUACUUCUACGUCCUCGCACCCAAGGUGGUGGACGGUACGUCCUGCUCCCCCGGCUUGUCGGCUGUCUGCGUUCAAGGCAGAUGUGUCAAGGCCGGCUGUGAUGGGCAGCUGGCCUCUGACAAGAAGUUUGACAAGUGUGGUGUGUGUGGAGGGGACGGGCGCAGCUGCAGGAAGGUGUCAGGAUUGUUCACUAAACCCAUGCAUGGGUACAACCUCGUGGUGAUGCUACCUGUUGGUGCCUCCAACAUCGACAUCCGGCAGCGCGGAUACCGGGGUCUGGUGAAUGACGACAACUACCUGGCAGUGCGGGACAGCCAGGGCCGCUACCUACUCAACGGGAAUUUUGUGGUGUCAGCCGGUGAGCGUGACGUGGCCGUGCGGGGGGGCCCGCUGCGCUAUAGCGGCACCGCGGCAACGGCCGAGACUUUACGCGCCAUCGGCCCCCUACGUGAGCCACUGGCCGUGGAACUGCUCUCUGUGGGCAAGAUGACACCACCCCGUGUCCGCUACUCCUUCUAUCUGGCCAAGGAGAGCAAGGAGGACAAGGUGCUGAGGAAGGAGGGCUGGAGUUUGUCACAGAACAGUGUGCUGAGCAGCAGGGGGCACCAGCCACCCCCCUCACACAAGCAGGCCCUGGAGGCGUGGUCUGCGGGCCCAUGGGGGUCCUGCUCCGCCAGCUGUGGCAACGGACUCCAGAAGCGUCUGGUUCGCUGCCUUGAGCCAACAGGCACCUGCGACCUGGCCUGGAAGCCUGAUGCCACGCGGUCCUGCGGGCAGCCCUGCCCUGCCUGGGACGUGGGAGAGUGGUCGCCUUGCUCACGAAGCUGUGGCAAAGGCUUCAAACGGCGCGUGCUGCGCUGCAUCUCCCACACUGGCCGCCUGCUGCACCGUGAACAGUGCACCGGCAGGAAGAAGCCACAGGAGCUGGACUUCUGCACCGCCCAGCGCUGCUAAGCUCCACCUCCCUGGUGAGGCUCCGCCCCUGUCUCAGAGACACACACUUCCUGUUCCUGUAUACGUGUGCAUGUGUCUGCUGGCACCGUGGGGCAGAAACAGGGGCGAGAAAGAAGAGGGGGGGGUGACCCCCGUGAUUCAUGGUGCUGGAGCGAUGUGACAUCUACCUCUGACCAGGCAUGAAAACACACAGGCAAUAAUGAGACAUGCAGGUGUUUGUGUGGUUGACAGGCAGACUAAGAGUCAGUUGAAGUACUUAAACUGCUUGUUGGAACUUAAAAUGAGUUGUUGGAAAAAAAAAUAGUCACUGGAUUUACAGAGGACCCCUCCCUUAGUCAGAAGAGCCAUCAUCCACACUGGUCCCAGCGAUGCCAUCGUACUGCAAAAAAUAGUUUUCUCACUCUGCCACACACCUAGCCUCCAGCAGCAUGUAGGAUCGCAGAUGUUCAUUCACACACUGUUCAGUAUAUGAUGUGGAUUUGCGUUUCCGAGUUUAUGGCUAUGUCUUCGAGAGGAAUGUCAUCCCCAUAUCCUGCUGUCUAAACCCUUCCUGUCAUCUGUACAGUUUGUAGAAGCCCUGCAGUCCAGCUCCUCAUCUGUAUCUCGCUGUCCUAUUUGUUGUCUUCCAUCUAAAAGAUGGUUGCUGUAUUACAGAUGUCUUUGUGAAAUUUUGUUUCUUAUAUUCUUUUGCACAUUCUGCAAAAGCCAAGUCCUGACUCAGCUAUAUUGUAUACUGUGUAUACAUCCACUCAGCUGUGCACAAAUAAAUCAUGUAAAUAUCAUUUUUUUUACUCAUGUUUUGAUCUCAGAGUAUUUAUUCCAAAUAAAGUCAUUUAACACUGA